UGUGAUCUGGUGAGGAUGCUAAAGUAUUUUCACUGAAACUAAACCUUUUGGGGGGGAAGGUUACCUACCACUACAAAUAAUGCAUUUGUUCAAGCUUUUCAGAGCCGCGUGGUUCAAAGCUGUCUCUUCGGAAUGUCGGUUGGUUUGGAUUUCCAGGAGUCUCGGUUGAGGUCGAUAGUCGUACUACAGAACCUUUCGAAAGUGGCAAUUAUAAAAGGCACUCCAAGAGGCAAAUAAAAUUCUCAAAAAACACCAAAUUGCACGUCAGCAAAGGUUUGAUCACUUGUUUAUCCUACAAGAUUUCUACUAGGCACUUAAAGCACUUACACUCCAUAGAUCCGGAAAAAUUACUGAAGCCAAUCUGCUAGCUGACGAACUCAUUAAGUCAUACCCCACUGAUGAGUCUACACUUAAUGUCAUCAUGUGUUAUUUUCGGAAAACUGGACAGGGUGAAAAAAUAGAUGAGUUCUUAAAACGUUCUCUUGAAAGGUCACCUAACAGAGAAGAUUUGUUGGUCUGUUUAUUCCUUCAUCAUGUUCAGGAAAGGAACUUUUCUGCACAGCAAGCAACUGCUAGGCUUCUUUUACAAAAAUUCCCGUCAAGUGCGUUCAACUACUGGGUUAUAAUGAGCACAAUAAUGCAAGCCGAAUCAAAUCCUAUAAUGGGACAUCGUAUGUAUUUGCCGCUGGCGGAGAAGAUGCUAAUCAGGGAAGCCGAGAACGGAAAAAUGUCUAGACAUUCUGAGCUUCAGGUGCUAAUAGAAUUACUUGCUCGCCUUCAAAAGCAUGAAGAAGCUUAUAAACUUCUUAGUCGAAAAGACAUUACAGAUCGUAUCGAUAACGAGGACUACAUUUGCGAUUACUCUUCCAUGAAGCUCAGUUUGUUAGCUCAUUUGGACAUAUGGGAUGAUCUUUAUGAGUUGGCAAAAUCCCAAACACAAAUCAACCCAGACGACUGGACACCAUGGAAAAAAUUAAUUGAGACGUCUUUAAAAGACAUACAGCGUGUAGAAAAAGUUAUGUCGUUAAUCGACAUCGCCAUAACGAAUCAUCCUUAUAAUCGUGGUCCGCAAUUGGCGCGUUUGGAUAUGUAUGCGAACCUGGUACAGUUGGGAAUGCAUCUUGUUUAUAAUCAUAAUCCAUUGACAUUCUUGGAGGAUUACUUUAAUACAUUCUCUCAUAAGCCCAUAUGUUCUAUGGAUUUGGCUUACCUUUUACGUAUGGUUUUACCAAAUGUGGAUGAUCAAAUCAAGUAUAUUAGUUUUGUUAUGGAGGUUGCUGAGACAGAUCUGAACUUCACAAACAAAGAAGAUAAGACUAUUUAUCGUCAUCUGUGCGCUCACCAGAUAGCACGUGCUAAUAAUCAAGGAGCUUCUUUACAGUCAUUACUUCGUUACUACUUUGGAUAUGCCCCAGAUCGUAGUGAAGUUUUACUAAAGAAGUUAAAAGAUGUUGCUGUUAAUAAUGAAACAACUAUUGACCUUUAUCCAGUUGAUGGAUUUUUGCUACUAUCUUUAUCCUCGCUUUUGGAAACAUCCUCUCCGGCUUAUGAGUGUUCCUUCUCUCUCGGAACUGGACUUCUUUCUCUUUACUGGAUUUAUAUAAUCGGAUUAGAACAUACAAAUCUUAAUCACCAUUUGCGCAUAAAAUUGUGUAAUUUAUACUCUUCAGAUUUUCUUAAUUGUCCUGAACUUAUAUUGCCCCAGUUAGACAAACUUGAAAUCAAGCAGUUGCUGUUCCUUUCACUAGGGCAUUUAAUUGUAAAACCCUCUCCAUCAUUGGCCAUGUGUGCAAGUAUAGUGGCUACACAGUCACAAGUUGACGAUAGUAGUUCUGUACAUAGUCUUUAUCAGAAGAUUAUAACACUUUCCAACAGUAUGGUCACGGAAGCGGAAGAGUUUUUAGUCGCUGCAUAUCGAAAACAUGCCUAUACAAAAGUUCGUGAAUUCACACAAUUUAUCAGCCAACUUCAUAAUGCUGACGUAUUUCUAACUGUCCGUGUUGAAAUGCUUCAUUGGCAGUUGAUUGUUUCACAACAUGACUUUGAUACACUUCUUGAGCAACUCGGUCAGGCUCAAAUUAGUAUUGAUAAUGUUACAAAACAACUUCCGAUGAUUGUUGAUUGCCGGGACUUUUCAGUCACACCGAACUUUGAUCAAUAUGAACGAGUUGAAAACGUUCGAUUGUCAUUUGACCAUUUGAAAUCGUGGUUAAAUCUCCGUUGUUUAACUCUAAAUGCUAUUGUCUAUGCAACUUCGCUUGUAAUGUCAAUUGUAAAAGUUGAACAUUAUAUGAUUUCCGAAAGUCAGCAUGAAAUUGCAGAGAACGUACCACCAGAAUCUGUCAAAAGUUUAAACAGUCUUUUAUCGACAAUGAAUGAUCUCGAUUCACAUACCAAAGAACCAUCUACAAGAGAAUUAAGCAAUUUUAAAUUACUAUCAUGGAGUGUUAUGGUAAAACGUGAUCAAAUACUCAGAACAUUCCCUGAUUUGCCAGAUGUAUCAUGCGCUUCAUUAUAUUGCUACGGACCAUACCGAAGGGUUUUAUCUAUCGGUAUUGAACUUAUAUUAGGACUUCAUGGUCUGGUUUCCGAAAACUCUUCUGCUUUUACUAAGAAAUCCAUGGACUAUCUUCUUAAGUCCUUGUAUGAAUCGUUUUUGUCUGGACAGCUUACUUCUGAAGAUACAGACAUACCAAAGGUUUAUCCAGCUAUAAAUACUUCUUUACUGUCUUCACCAAAAGAUGAUCAUUUGCCUAACGGGAUUUCUAGUGAUAACGAUUUUGUUCAUCCUGGUGGUGUUUUAUUAAUCCUGACAAUGUUUUAUGAAAGUAUUUCUUUGGCAACUUUGCUAGUAUCAAUGAUUCAAAGUUCCUUACGUCCUAGGAGCCAUUAUCAUCAUGAAAUAAAUAAAUAUCAAAAGAGAAAGAAUAAAAAAGAUAAAGUAAUAAACACUAAUUCAAAUCAUUCUCCAAUUCUCAGUUUGUUAGACAAUUUCGCUGUUGGUUUAUACUAUACUACAACGAAAUUGGUAACUAUUACUGAUCAACUGGUAGAGGUUACCGAUUGUUGGUCUACUUGGUGUCAUGAUGUUUCAUGUAAAGAAUUUCAAUUGAUUGCUUCAAAUGCUUGUACACAUGUGCUGUCUGAAGAUUUCUUAGUACAGUAUCCUGUACUAAAACCACCUAAUUGUGCUUUUGAAGAGCUCAGUAAAGUCUACGAGAAAAGUUUCAAUCGAAUCGCAGCUGGUCUUCGUGUAAAAUCGUCUUGUCUUCAAAAUAUAACAACUGAAUUAGCCGUGUAUCAGUCUAGAACUCAUGAAAUAGUGUCUGUUCAGAAUUCAAAUUCUUCACCUUAAUGAAUUAAUAUUUCAAUCUGGUCAAUAUCCUUUAUUUUUAGCAAAAGUCUUUGUAUCUGAGAUGUGUCUUGUUGGUGAAACUGUGCAUUUGUAAUCUGUGACUUGUAAUUUCUCUAACAGUUGUAUUAAUUUCAAUAGUAGUAUGCUGGAGAAAAAAAAUAAAAAUAUACAUAUUUUUAGGUUACUAUUCUUUAUCUUUUUGUCACCAUUUUUCCGAACGUAAUGUUGUUUGAUUUUUUACUGAGGCUUGUCAAAUUUAAUUUGCAUUUUUUAACUAUUUUUCUACAAACCAGUAUACUCUUAUGUGUAUGAUACCUAGUCUUGAAAUAUUAUCUGUACAAAUCAUUAUUUUCCUAAACUGCACAACAAAUUCUAUAAGAAGUCUAUAAUGUUUCAUCGUUUUUGCCAUUGAUGUGAUUUGAUUACUUGAUUAAGAUGCAAAACUUUAAGGUCAAUGACCAGAAUAGAUUGUGAAAAUUGCUUGACAAUAACGGUUUAGGAAAGUGUUAACUCAUACUAUAAAAAGCUUAUAAAUGCUUUUAUAAGUAUUAAUUCCUCUGUCACAAAAAUCAGAAAUAGUAAUGUAAAUCGAUUUGCGAAUAUUUAUUCGUAUAUUUGAUUUUAAACGAAAAUUUCUAUGUGAAAUGACGAUGUUGUCUACAUAGGUGAAACUUAGCUCUAGCCAAUAACGUAGUAAAUAUAAAAAUGGAGUAUUAUAUAACCACUAAGCCAUUGUUUCAGUGGGAAAAAUUAAUAAUAAUUAUAUAAUCUACUAGUUAUCCACUAUAUCUCCCAUCAUCUGCCAAAAUAAUUUAAUGUAUUUUUGAAUAUAGCCAUGCUCAUUGAAUUACAAGAAAUAUCAAGAUCCAGAUUGUUUCCCUUCAUUAUAAAAUAGUAAACAGGUUAUUCGUUUUAAAGUCAAAUAUUUUACUUUAAAUUGUUUUUAUGUAACUGACCUUGAUCUAUGUGUAGUGAGUCGUGUGCAACCGUUCUGCGUUCAGUUGUGCUAGCUAGUUAAAGAAGUAAAUGAGCAUCAUAGAGUCAAUUCUCAUAAUUGAAAUAAUAAAAAGUAGCAUGUCUCUUCAAGAUUUCAUAGCAUUCAGUUUUUCCGUACUGGUGUAUUUUAUAGUUUAAAUUCAAUUAUAUAGCUUAUAAACUUUGAGAAUUAAUUGCACAUAUCAAUUCCUUGUGAAUACUUCAGUUCCGAAGGUUUCAAAUCCGAUUACUAGCUAUCAUUCGUUUGUUUAUAUUGACCUUAUAUUCACAGUUCAUCAACAAUACGAUGUUCCGUUAAGUUGUACCAACUAAUAAAUCUGAAGAAACAAUAUUUCAAACUAAUCAGCAACUCAUUGAGAUUCUUUUGAUGUUUUAUUUCAAUUUGUGUAGCUCUGUGAGUAAAUUAAUGGACAAGGAUUUCAUCUUAAUUCUACUUAAAUUUAUUAUCUCAUGACGUGUCGUGAUGCUGUGUAUAACUAAAGUUAGCAGGAUUAUCUUUUUUCUCUGUUCUAGCUGUUAUCAUAAUGUGUCAAAUAAAUCUCACCAUGACAGUUCCGCUAAGUCUCAGAGAACACCUUUUGUCACAUCCUUAAUAUAUAUGAUUUUGCUAUGUGUAGUAAAUCAUUUUAAUUUUCUGUAAUUGACACUGAGAUUGUUAUAAUUUCUAUGGUGAUUUUCCUAUUUUCUUUUGAUGUUCAGGGUGUUCUUUUAGGUAAAUUAUUACACAACUGACGAACAAGGAUAAAUGGAAACAUCGACAGCCGCCUCUACCUCGAAGUCAAAUAUACCUAAAAGCAACCCUGAUAAGUCAAAUCAAGCCAACACAUCCGAGACCACUGAUAGUAAUGGGACAACGGGAUCUUUUGAGUGUAAUAUAUGUCUUGAUUCAGCUCGAGAUGCGGUAGUUAGCAUGUGCGGCCAUUUAUUUUGUUGGCCAUGCCUCCAUCGUUGGCUUGAAACUUCUGAAACCCGCACGGUAUGCCCUGUUUGCAAGGCUGCUAUCAGUAGUGAUAAAGUCAUCCCCCUUUAUGGACGUGGUGCGGACCAUACACAAGACCCUCGUACUAAAAUUCCUCCCCGCCCAGCUGGUCGACGUACUGAACCAGAACCGGGGGUUGGAAGCUUUGGAAGUACAUGGGGAGGAUUGUUCGGUGGAUCUGAUGGAGGUAAUUUCCGAAUGUCUGUGGGCAUUGGUGCAUUUCCAUUCGGUUUCUUGUCAACAACAUUCAAUUUAGGAGGUAAUAGCAAUCCUGCAAAUUCACACAAUGUUAAUGGCGUCAGCAACCGAGCAAUACCACCAGACAAUUUUUGGGGAGCUGAUUCAGAAACAAUGUCAAAAAUAUGUUUAUUUAUUGCUAUAUUUUUUAUUGACCCAAUGGUACGUAUCAAAAAUCGAUACCUCGUUUGUUUCAUUUCGAUUCAACCUCAAAAUUCCAAUUCAUUUAUACCAGGUUAUCCUGGCUGCCAAAAGGAGGAUACAGCGGCGAUGCGCUUGAGCGAGUCUGAUUUAUUAGCCAUGAUAAAACAAAACAUCACCCUUACACACGGUUCACUUGGAGUCGGUAAAUGUAUGUCUCGCUUCAGAGUAAUUCACUGGUGUCCUGCUUCCGGUUUAUUGAUUAUACGUUGCCUUCGUAGCAUGUCUGUUUACGUCCAAACAGCACUCUCUUUGGUUACUCACUUAGAUCUCAAUGGACAAAAAAGGAAAUCGGUAAUCGACAUUUAUCAUACAAGCGGUACAGUCAGAGGCUGUCAAAAAUUCCUAGUCAUGUUUUACUCUCAUAAUUUAUUCUCAAGACCAGAACAAUUAUUUCGAACAGCCUUGUCUAUUGCCGUUGAACGAAAUAUGAUUUCUCCAUAUCCACCAUACAUCAAUGAAGAAUCCUAA